GGAGAAGCUUGACCAUGUUCUGGUAAAUGAUGUGUAGUGGGAUUUGUUAAAUGCAGGAUUGGCAAAGUCGGUGGAAGCUCCGAUAAAUAAUCAUAUGGCAUUAUAUGUUGAAUUUAAACGUAAUGUUGGUGGACGCAGAAGUAGACCCUUUAAAUUUGAAAGUAUCUGCUCACUGAGGAGGAUGUCGAGUUGUGGUUGAGUAUAGUUGGCGGGCAGGGGUUGUUUUUCCUAUUAGUGAGAGGCUGAAAUAUUAUGGGAAGGAACUUUAGAGUUGGAAUCGGAGAAGAAGGCAUGGAUUUAGAGCUUAAAUUUAUGCAUGUAAAAGGAGGUUGGCCUGGCUGCACGACAAAUGCGACCGACAUAGUUUUAUGGAAUUUAUGCAUGUACGAAUGACUCUGAUCUGGUUGUGUUAUUGGAAAAAAGAAAAUAGUUUUUGGAGACAAAGGGCUAAGGAGUUUUGGCUAAAAAAGGGGGACUGCAACUCUAAAUAGUUUCAUAAUGCAAUGAAGCAAAGAAGAUGAACCAAUAAAGUGGUUGGCCUGGAGAAUGGAGCGGGGUCUGAACUAGCGGCAGAGCAGAAAUGAGAAUUCUUGUGGAGGAUUAUUUUGUGAGAUUGUUUGGUUCUAGCACGGUGGGGCGAUAAGGGGAGAUUGAAAAUGACUUCAAACAGGUCUUGUAUGCACAAAAUCAAGAGCUUAUCAGACCGAACAGGGUAGAGGAGGUGAAGAAGGCCGCUUUUGGUAUGCGUCCAGAUAAGGCGCCAAGAGUUAAUGGGCGGUCGAACGUGGAUAACAUCAUGGUCGCUUUUGAGAAUCAGCAUUUUAUUAAGAGGAAAAGAUAUGGGAAGGAGGGAUUUUGCGGCAUUAAAGCUUGAUCGGAUAAACUGGGGGUUCUUAUGUGGAAAUAGGGAGCGGAUUGGCUUUCAUGCACGCUGGAUUCAGAUUUUUGGAGAAUAAGAAGCAUCUCGAGAGCAAAUUGAAGACAACGAAUAAUUAAAAUUCAAUCCCGAGUCAAACAGGGGUUGACCUGCCAAUGGCCAGUCAACCCUCCCCUUUCCCACUGUCAUCUCUGGACAGGGGCAACAAACAAGCAGGGUGGAGAGCAACCCGCCGGAAAUCAGGCAGGCGCUCAGAGAAGAAUAGGAGGAGACGCCGCCGUCCCUUCCCUGUGCAUUUGACGUUGUCCCCAUCCCCCGUCGCCACCUAUUUCCACCGCCAUACCACCGCUCCACGUCGGAAUCCAACCAUCGGCAAACACCCUCUUUUCACAACGAAUCUUCCGGCCUCCGUCGUCCAAAACGAAAGAAAAGAAUCUGUUGCUGCAUCGAUGGAGAAGAAAAUUCAGUUGCUCUCGUCUUCGACGUGCCUCGAUUCAGAGAAGAAGGGCUCGCUGCGAAAAGAAGAUCGAAGAUGAAGCCCGGUUGCUGUUGUUGCGGCCUGCGUACGAAGAAGAAACCAAGGCCAGCACCCUUUGUAUUCAUUUUCUCGCUUCUACCCUUAGUGGUAAUUUUCCAAGGCCGAAUUCAGCCCUACAAAUAUCUCAAGUCUGUCCAUUUUUGAGGGAGGUCAUUAGAGAAGACCCAUUAGAAUAGUUUUUACGGUUUUUGCAUUUCUUCUCUCUACACAUGAGUGUAGAUUUGUAGAGAUUUGUCUUACAAUAUUCAAGCUCUCCUCUUGCACUUCAAUGAAUUGCUUCUCAUCUAUUCGGGUGA